AUGUCAUUGAAACACUCAAUUGAAUCUCAACUGGCUAAACAUCCAAGACCAAAAAAUAUCACAUUUACUUAUGGUACAGCUGGAUUUCGUAUGAAUGCCAAAGACUUGGAUUAUGUCAAUUAUACUGUGGGUAUACUAGCUUCAUUGAGAUCCAAAUAUUUGGGCGGUAAAACUGUUGGAGUAAUGAUUACUGCGUCACAUAACCCACCUCAAGAUAAUGGUGUCAAAGUAGUUGAUCCAAUGGGUAGCAUGUUGGAAGCAAAGUGGGAAAGUUAUGCUACUGAAUUGGCAAAUUCCUCAAACGAAGAUCUUGUUUCGACUUUGGAGAAGAUAGUUAAAGAUUUGAAUAUUGAUUUGGAAGUUGCUAGUAAUGUAGUCCUUGGAAGAGACUCAAGAGAAAGCAGUCCAAGAUUAAGUGAAUCUACAAUUGAUGGGCUAAAAAGUGUCCCAAACACUAAUUAUGAAGAUUACGGAUUAUUAACUACUCCUGAAUUGCAUUAUAUUACAAAAACUUACAAUGAUCCAAAUUUCGGAGAAAAAACCGAGCACGGCUAUUACGAAAAAUUGGCAAAUUCGUUCAAAAAGGUCUUUGAAGUGUCGGGCAACGCAAGCAAAUUAGACAUCACGAUUGAUGCAGCUAACGGGGUUGGAGCUCCUAAGGUUGAAGAACUUCUAAAAAAUUAUUUAGCAAAUGAAAUAAACUUUGAUGUGGUCAAUGACAAAUUUCAAGAUCCUAAUCUAUUGAACUUUGAGUGUGGUGCAGAUUUUGUCAAGACUAACCAAAAAUUACCUAAAAAUAUUGAAGGUCCAAUUGCAAACAAGCUAUACGCUUCCUUCGAUGGUGAUGCUGAUAGAUUAAUUUGUUAUUAUCAAGACUCAUCAAAGAAAUUCACCUUACUAGAUGGUGACAAAAUAUCAACAUUGAUUGCAUUAUUUUUGCAACAAAUUUUUAAAAAUAUAGAUUCUUCUAAAUUAUCCUUAAACAUUGGUGUAAUACAAACGGCUUAUGCUAAUGGGUCGUCAACAAAAUAUGUUGAAGAUGUUUUGAAAUUACCUGUCCGUUGUACACCAACUGGAGUCAAACAUUUACAUCAUGAAGCAGAAAAAUUCGAUAUUGGUGUUUAUUUUGAAGCUAAUGGUCACGGAACUGUAGUUUUCAAUCCGGAAGCUGAAGCGAAGAUAUUCAACUACAAACCAACCUCAAAAGAAGAAGAGCAAGCUAUUUUGGUUUUACAAAACUUUAGUCAAUUGAUAAAUCAGACUGUUGGGGACGCUAUAUCUGAUCUAUUAGUUGUAUUGAUCAUAUUGCAUUAUUUAAAAAUUAGUCCUGAAGAAUGGAACAAGGAAUAUACAGAUCUUCCAAAUAAAUUGAUUAAGGUGAUCGUACCUGAUAGAACAAUCUUCAAAACUACAAAUGCUGAAAGGACUUUGGUUGAGCCCAAAGGUAUUCAGAGUAAAAUCGAUGAAAUUGUUUCACAAAUUUCAAAUGGAAGAUCAUUCGUUAGAGCUUCUGGAACAGAAGAUGCUGUAAGAGUCUACGCUGAAGCUGAUACGGAUGAAAACGUUGAAAAGUUGAUCACACAAGUUUCUGAACUAUUGAAGUAA